UUCUCCACCGGCCCAUGGAAGGGGCCGAGUCCCCGCCGCCGGGAGAGGAGCUGGAGCUCUCGGUGCUCGAGGCGCAGCCAGACGAGCAGACGCUUCUCAAUGGAGCCGUCCAGGCCAUCCUUGGGGCCGACGGUCCCUGCCCAGCCCAGGCUAACAGGGAAAGCACCUCGAGCUCCUGUAAUAAGAAUUUGUUUGGAAAGUGUCAACUGUGGAUGGUCAUCGUCUCCAUUUUUCUAGGUUUCAUUAUAGUGAUCAUCAUAGGCUUAUGGCUCCAUGGAGUAAUUUAUGUUGAUGAAGAUGAGAAUGAAAUACUUGAAUUAUCAUCAAAUAAAACGUUCUUGGUCAUGCUUAAGAUUCCAGAGGAGUGUGUUACUGAAGAGGAGUUGCCUCACCUGCUCACAAAAAGGCUCACAGAUGUGUACAGUACAUCGCCGGCUCUGAGUCGUUAUUUUACUUCAGUUGAAAUGGUGGAUUUCAGUGGUGAAAAUACCACAGUGACCUACCACCUGCAGUUUGGGGUUCCAUCAGAUGAUGAAAAUUUUAUGAAGUAUAUGAUGAGUGAGGAGUUGGUGCUGGGCAUUUUGCUACAAGAUUUCCAUGAUCAGAACAUACCUGGUUGUGAGAGUCUGGGGCUUGAUCCAGCAUCCCUCUUGCUGUACGAAUGAAGUGGUGGAGGUCGGUCCGUGUCUGAAAGUAGUGCUCCAUUGAGUUUUGGAGAUGAAGAGAAUUCUUUCUGUUUUACUGAAUAAAUCCUGUGGAUCAAUAUAGAAGAACCCGGCGAUGACCAGAGGGGUGGAGACUGGGCCUUUCUCUCCCGAUUCUGCACAGUUACAAAGUCUGGCUCAAUGUCCAGUGAAACAGCUCCCAAGCGCUGCCCCAGCUGGGUCCAGUCUUAACAGAAGUCAGUGGGCUCGCCACACCAUGUGAGGUCACUGCUAUUCUUGAAGCAGCAGCCACCGCCACCCCACGUGGACACUUUCUCUUUAGGGUGGGGGUGGUGCACUGCCUCCUUUAGGCAGAGUCCCCUUAGCAAGUGCUGCUGGAGCAGGGAGAGGCAGGCAGCCCCGUGAGGGAGAUUGCACCAGUCACUCACUGAAAUCCCCCUCCACCCUCCCACCAUUAUAUCGGCUCUACCUCUAAGCCGGGCUGUGAGGACAAAGAAAGCACUUUACAAGGCCUGAGCAGCAUAGCUGUGUGUCUACUUCCAUGACCCGUAUAAGACACCUGGGUAUCUUAGCAAACCAGCCUUAGGCAUAUCAAA